GCGACCCUUCGCCAUAUCGCUACUCGACGGUGCACCAGAGAUGGUUCCGAUUGAUCCCGUAAAUCUUUGCCCGAUCGAGUGGACUCGUCAAUGAGAGAUCUUUUCGGCGCAUGGAGUUUAACGCUACGCGACGAGUCCUCGAAUAAUCGGAGAGACUUUUGGAAAACGAAGGAUCCAUCAUGGAAGAGCUGGAGGUGCAACAGGAGCUCAGAGACCAAGUGGGGAGUCUGACGUUUUCCCCGCCCCCCAUGAAGAAAUCCGACACGAGGGACAGCAUCUCCUCGGUGGACAGCGACGUGAGCCUGUCGUUUGACCGAAGGGGGUCCAAGGGUGAAGAGGCCGACUUGUCCGAUUGCGGAAGUUCCGACUGCGAAGGCAAGGCCUCCGAGAUACUGGGUAGGUCGCUCAAGCAUAGUAACGACUCGGGAGCAAACUCCUUCGACGACAUCGUUCCCAGGGAAUCGAGCACCCCGAUAGCGACCUUUUCUUUAGAGAAAUCUGCCGUUUCCGAAACCACUAGUUCUGGUGCUGCUGGUGCCAUCGACACCAGUUCCAAUACCGCCCUCGGAGACUUCGUUCCGCCCAGCGACGAGCUCGCCGACAGAAUCUGUGCUCAAGUUGAGUUCUACUUUUCCGAUGAGAACAUUGUCAAGGACGCGUUCCUCCUUAAACACGUGAAAAGGAAUAAGGAAGGUUACGUUUCGCUCAAACUUAUCUCGAGCUUCAAGAGAAUCAAACACCUGAGCAGGGACUGGAGGGUCGUUGGAAUCGCCCUGAAGAGAUCUAAGAAGAUCGAAGUGAACGAACUCGGUACCAAACUCAGGAGAGUCGAUCCUCUACCGCCAUUCGACCAAACCACUCCAUCGAGGACCGUCUUAGCUGCGAAACUUCCCCUCGAGAAGCUAUCCGUCGAAUCUGUUGCCGAAAUCUUUAGUCAGUGUGGCGAAAUCUCACUGAUCAGAGUCCUGAAGCCUGGGCAUCCGAUUCCCGCGGAAAUACGACAAGCAAUCGCAAAGAGACCGGAGCUAACGUCAUCCGAAAACUGCGCCUUGGUAGAAUUUACCGACUCUGCCUCAGCCAGAGCUGCUCUGCAGCUGAAAUUAGGCGAGGCGAAGAUCUACGAGCUGCAUCACUCGGGCGAAAAGAAAAGGAAGGCUUCCCCGGCGAAGAAGAGCGCCGUUGCCAGGUUAGCCGCGGAAGAGACAUAUAAUUCAUCCAGCUGCGCCAGUGGGUCUGAAACCGAGGAUGCCAGAACGAGACAUAAGAAGCCGAUGUACGGUCAUCCAAUUUACCACGUCUACCCUGGACAAUCUUUUCCAGGUCCACCAUCUCCAGAAGCCUGGCUAUCUAGAAGACUCUCAUCGUGCUCGCUAUCGAGCUCGGACAACGGCUUCUUUCUGCGACGUCUCUCGUCCUGUUCCAGCUCUGGUUCCGGAUCCGAGGGAAACGGCUACACAAGAAGGUUCUCCGCGUGUUCCUCCAGCUCGGACAAUGGUUACUACCAUCCUAUCUACCCGCCAGGAUAUUACUCUCCGACCAGACGGUUCUCCUGCUGUUCUGGGCCCGGAUCCUCUUCUGGUUCAGGAAACGAGUGCAUCUCUGCAAUGUACAGCCCCGUGCGUCGAGGUUCAGCAGAAUGCGGCCCAUUCCUGCGGAGACUGUCCGGAUGCAGCCGAGAUUCAGGCUUCGAGAUCAGUCCUAGGAGACUGUCCUCUUGUUCUUCUGGCUCCGAGACUGGUUUUUGUCGUCCGAGAAGUAAUAGCGGAAUCGUUAUGGCCCACCUUCCGGAAAACGUAACGAGGAUGCCCUCGGGUCCGGACGGUACCCGUGGCUUCGGCAGACUUAAAUUGAACUCUAUAGCCACGUCCGUGGAACCCACCUGUUAAAUAGUUCAUCUUUUGUUCAUACAUGUUUAUACCGAUCACUAUUGUUCCUCUCAAUGUAGAAUUUAUUCACCGUCUGAUACUUUUCAGGAACGUAAAUGAAACUCCAGAAUAGUCUGAAAAACUGUGUAAGGGAAAACAGUUCCAUUCAUUCUGUCAAAAUAAGGUGGAAUAUAUCGUAGAAGUGUUUAUCUCUAACAAUUCUGCUAUUUUUGCUAAAAAUAGGGUAUUGCUUUUUUAAGGCAAUUCGUGUACUACCGAGUAGCUAUGGCAAAUCAAUAUUUUUUUGCGAUGAGGUAGGAUUGUCAGCGAAAACAUUCCUGCAGGUCAUUUUAAGUAAGAAACAGCAACUCCUUCGGGAUUAUAGAAAGUAGUUGCAUUGCCAAUGUGAUGGAUAUGACGUCUUAUUGAAAAACGAAACUUCGUGGCCUUGAAGGGGUUGCUGGUUCUGAUUUAGAGUAUUACAUUAACUAUGUCCGGAUUUCUUUUGCGGCAUUCUUUUCGGGCAUUAUUUUCUGUCACUUAUUCCUAUUGUAUUGUUGAUUCUAUAUUUACCGUAUCAUAGCAUGUAAAUAGUUAUGUACAUUAGUGCGAUGUCAAAGCUUUGUAUUACUUUUAAGAACAAAUACACGACCGUCAUGGUAU